AGGAGAGAGCCAAGAGCUGUACCUGACAGUGCAGCCACUCGCCACAGGACAUAAGUCAAAGAUAAUAAUGUCCUUAACCAUUUUGACAUCCGCUUACAGGCUGAGGUCCCUCUGCAGACUGCAGCGAAUCCAGGGCCACAUGAUGUCUAGUCAGGUGGAUCCAGGGGUUCUUCUAGAGAAAGUGGGCAGCGCAGGUGUGAUCACCAUAAACAGACCCAAAGUCCUGAACGCCCUCAACCUGACCAUGAUCCGACAGAUCUACCCUCAGCUCAAGAAAUGGGAAAAUGACAAUGAGACUGACAUUGUGAUCAUCAGAGGAGCAGGUGGAAAAGCCUUUUGUGCUGGUGGGGACAUCAGAGCGGUCACAGAAGCAGGGAAAGUUGGAGACCCUCUGGCAGAGGACUUUUUCCGUGAGGAAUACAUUCUCAACAAUGCUAUUGGAGCAUGCAGGAAACCCUACAUCGCCCUUAUUGACGGAAUAACAAUGGGCGGGGGUGUAGGUCUGUCGGUUCACGGACGGUUUCGAGUGGCCACUGAGAAGACGCUGUUUGCCAUGCCAGAGACUGCCAUCGGGCUUUUCCCUGACGUUGGAGGCGGCUAUUUUCUGCCGAGGUUGCAGGGAAAGCUGGGACUGUUCCUGGCCAUGACAGGCUUCCGUCUUAAGGGACGUGACGUGCAGAGAGCUGGAGUCGCCACUCACUUUGUAGAGUCUAAGAAGAUCCCAGAGCUGGAGAAGGAGCUGGUGGGCUUGAAGUCUCCCUCUGCUGAAGAUGUCUCCAGAGUGCUGGAUUCAUUCCAGAACCAGAGUGGUCUAGAUUCUGAGAAGCCCUUCGUGUUGGACAAACACAUGUCUGAUAUUAACAGGCUGUUCAGCUCCAGCAGUGUGGAGGGCAUAGUGCAGAACCUGAAGGCAGAUGGCUCAGAGUUCGCCAACAAACAAGCUGAGACACUGUCCAAGAUGUCUCCCACGUCCCUGAAAAUCACCUAUAAGCAGCUGCAGGCGGGUGCAACUCUGAGCCUGCAGGACGUGUUGGUGAUGGAGUAUCGACUGAGCCAGGCCUGCAUGAGGGGCUGCGACUUUUAUGAGGGCGUACGAGCCGUGCUGGUUGACAAGGACCAGAGUCCCAAGUGGAACCCUUCAACACUGGAGGAGUUGUCUGAGCAGACCGUGGACCAGUGCUUCUCCUCGCUGGGAGAGAAAGACCUGACGUUCUGAUACUUCCCACCGGCAAACACACACCAUUAGAAAGACUGUUAUUUUAUGACAAGCACAUGCAUACUAGUUUGACUCCAUACUGUUCAAUACUGGGUUGACAUUUUACAGUAAAACAAAAAUGCUGCUCCUCUGCAGCUAAGGAAAAGGUCUGAUUCAUGUUCCUAGUCUGAAAACUAAAAUAGUAGCAGAAGAGGUAGCUUACAGAUGCCCUGUGUGUCACACAUGAAAAAUGUUUAGUGUAAACUGGCUCUGCAGUGGGAGUGGAGUGUUUUUUUUAUUGUACAUAAGUUGUACAGCAGUAACUCUCUUCUGCUGCAAAAGCAAGGACUCUGCCGCACAGCAGCAUCAACACGAGGACAUGGGAGGAGAAAAUGAUCUCACCACUGAGUGCUUUAUUACAUUUCCUGUGGGUGUUUGUUGAUGUGACAUGGAUCGGUAUCGUCUGUAUUUCUGCAGUGUGGUCCCUUCUUCUACUGCAGAUAAUGUAUUAGCUGUAUUUCUGUAGUUUUUUGUCUUUUUCCAGUAUUUUUUCUUUUCACUAGUAUCUGUACUUUUUCAGAUGUAACAUAGAUGAAACAGUUUUUUUUCUCUGACAUAUCCAAUACAAGUGUCAGAUUUAGAGGAAUAUCAAUAUUUUUUCUAAAUGCAUUUAUUGUUACUUUGCAUUUGAGAAAAACGUGUGUGUAAUAUAGUGUGUUUUUAAAUGAACUUCAUCUGAUGGACACAUCACUGUAUUUCAGUCAGUAUCAGAUCGCCUCGCUAAACACUAGUUCUCAAUAGUUGCAUUAUUCAUGAGCCAACAAGCACAUGGACAUCGAUGCUGGAACAGAGGCCAAUAAAGAGAACUGAUAGUGCAACAGAAAACAAUGUGUGGUCUUUGUGAAGAAUCAGAUUGUGCUUUAAAGAACUACGUUUAUUGAGGGCAUGAUCUUUUAUGACCUGCUUGUAAAGUGUUCUUCUGACACAGUGACGGUUUGUUAUCAGCGUGUGAGCACAAAGCUGCUGCUCAGAUAUGCAGUCUGGAAAGUAAGCAUUUGUUUUAGUUCCAUGUUGGGUAAUAA